ACCCUUAGCUCCUCUCUCUUUAUAUACUGCCUCGUUCGUCUUCUUCAAGCCGUUUCGAAAUGUAAUUUGUGUUUGUAUGCAUUUUGUGCUUGUAUUUGUUUAUUUUCUGUAUGUCAAAUUUGUCUGCGGAAGAAGAUAAAAAGAUUUCAGCUUUUUGAGCUUUUUCGUUCAUAAGUAGUUUGAUGAAAUGCCUAGCUGAAAUUUUCGGCCAGACUUCCUUUAACAUAAGUGAACUUAAUGUUGUGUGGACUCCUGCAGUCCCCAAUAGCUCAUUUUCCUUUUGGUCUGAACUAUCUCCAACUUUCUCGCAGACAUGGUUGCCCUUAUUCACUGGCAGCGUUUCCUCUCUAAUUUACUUAAUUAAUCAGUGUAAGUGGCGCCUGAGAGUUUCUGAUAUCAAGCCUUUCACACUAUGCCCCGUACCCUUUUGUAGUUAGUAGAAGUUUGGACAAAUUCUAAAACUAUAAUGUCAUUUGUAGUCACCUCCUCUUAUUUUAGCAGCCAUAGGGUUUCUAAAUUAAGAACUUGCCAAAAUACUUUGACAACUCCAUGUUUUCCUUUUGUUCGUUGCAAAAAUCCAUUUUGCCUUGCUGAAAAUAUCCUUACAACUUUGACUAGAAAACCAAAUGGUAUUUUAAGGUCUACUGUAACGAAUUGCACAAAACCAAAUUAUCAGUCCUUCACCAGAGAAGACGCAGUUUUUCUUGAUUUGGGUGAUGAAGACGAAACAGGGUCACCCUGGGAAGGGGCAGUUAUUUACAAGAGAAACACUUCCAUAUCACAUGUUGAGUAUUGCACAACGUUAGAGAGGCUUGGAUUGGGGAACCUUUCAACAGAGGUCUCGAAAUCUAAGGCUUCAGUGAUGGGAUUACGAGUCACCAAAGCUGUGAAGGAUUAUCCACAGGGUACACCAGUUCAGAUUUCCAUUGACAUAACAAGGAAGAAGCAAAAGUUGAGGCUUGAUGGCAUCAUUAAAACUGUUAUCGCACUGACUUGCAGCAGGUGUGAAGAUCCAGCGGCCGAGUGCAUCUUCUCCAACUUCUCCCUUCUCCUAACUGAUGAACCAAUUGAAGAACCUGAGAUCAUCAAUAUGGGAGUGAUAUAUGGGGACACUGGGAUAGGUGGCCAAGGGGAGGACGAUGAUGAAGGCACAAUUGAUUUUGAGGAUCAGCUAUAUUUUCGCCCAGGGGACAAAGAAAUAGAUAUUUCAAAGCACAUAAGAGACAUGGUGCAUCUAGAGAUUACCAUCACCGCAACAUGUAAUCCAAGUUGCAAGGGUUUGUGUCUCGGUUGUGGUAAAAAUUUGAACACUGGCAGUUGUAAUUGUAGCAAACAGCAGGCAAAGAAGGGUUUUGGACCGCUUGGAAACUUAAAGAAGCAAUUGCAGCAGCAAAAAAAAUGACGUAUAUAUUUUCUGGAAUUGCACCAAAUGGUUUUAGUUCAAGCACAUUGUGAAUCCCAUAUUAUUCCUAUUAGAAUUACUAUGAAUUAAUAUUCCGUUCUAUUUCAGGAAA